GGGCCCCUCACUAGCAUGGAGACCUGCUGCAUGCUGCAGGGCCCCUCACUAGCAUGGAGACCUGCUGCAUGCUGCAGGGCCCCUCACUAGCAUGGAGACCUACUGCCUGCUGCAGGGCCCCUCACUAGCAUGGAGACCUACUGCCUGCUGGGCACCGUGUGCAGCAGCUGUCCCCACCCAGUAGCCAGGUCCAGUCGGAGACAGGCUCUGGCCUGAGAGCUUGGGGUGCACCGUGGAACACAGCAGCCCCACAGGCCUCAUAUUUCAGAUGUGGAGAGGAUGUGGGAGGCUCUGUGGUGCACAGGUGAUUCAUGCAAUCGAGGACAAAAAGCAGAUGAAGGUAGAUCAAGGGCAUGCAGGCAGCAGCAGGCUGCCAUAUUGAAUCAGGAGGUGGAUCUGAGCAAAGCCUUUAGGAAGGUUGGGUCGGGCCACAUACUAGGGACGCUCGGCCUUGGCCAGCAGACCAACCUGCCAACAUCAGGACUGAGCUGCAACAAAGUCCAAGGAGCCACUCAGGAGAGAGUGGGCGGAGCACAUGGGACCUGGGAAGCAGGACAGGGUCCCUUGCCCAGGUCUGCGUGGCCAAAUGGCACCUACACAGAAGGGUUUUUGUGCUCUCAGCCGGCAUGCCCUCUGCAGCAGCUGCCAGAGGCUGGGGCCAGGCCCCUAAACCUGGGCCAUCCCCUCUCUCUGCCAAGGCAGACAAGGUAACCAACUGGGCAACCGGUUUGUCUGCUGUAUUGCUACAUUGUCUCAGUAGUGGCUUGAGGAAAUUUGAAGCAUCUUUAAACAGGCAAUUAAGUAUAGAAAGAGACACUCUGUAGCUUGAUGCUGAUCACCUCUGUCUUUAUCCUCCUCCAGAGAGACAGAGGUGUUCACCAAGCUGCCGGGCACAGCCACUGGUAGGGCAAGGCCACACAUGCCUCUGGAUCCUAACCAGAGGAGGAUUAUUCUUGCUAAGUACCCUGCCCUUGGUUACUGGGUAACAGUAUUCAGAGUAUUUUCAUGACCUUUGUCUCAUUGUUCUACUAAGGAAAACACCAUGGUGAGAAAGCCAGUCUGGCUCCCCAGGGCGGAGGGGCUGGGCAAGGGAGCAAUGCAAAAGAAAAGAAGAGGUGCUCAGGGCAGGAGUCCUGGGGUCUGUGCUGGAGAGGGAGCCAUGAGCCCAAGGCUCUUGUCUCCUCCAGAUCAGGGACCCUCCGCUCCUGCGGUAGUUGAUUGAAUAACAAACCUUUAGCUGGCACUCCCUUUUUGGUGGGCAUUGUAAAUACCUAUGGCACAGGGAUGCCUGCCCCACGACUACCUGAUGUCUGUGCGCCUUAUGGACAUUGCAUUCUUCUUGGAACAGCGUCUGGAGAGUCUUCCAAGAGCACAAACAUGCUGGACUCUUUCUGCUGACUUCCUCUGGGAAGGGUUCAUGGGUGCGCCCUCUGACACGGUACCUGGGAACCCUUUCCCCUGCACCCCAGGACACUGGGCUCAGGGAUUUUUAAAGUAUUGAUUUCAUGGGCUGCAGCAGUAAGAAGACAGCUUGUUGGAUUUCUUUGAGGAUUAGAGAAAUUGACCUUUUUCUCUAUUUUCACGAGGUGAUUGUCUUUGUCUCUUCCAUGAUGAAUUGCUCACCAUGGCUGCUCUUAAACAUUUUCUGUUCAGUAAAUGAAAACUGACAAUGACAAUAAUGACAAACAUGUAAAAAGUAUUUAGUGCCUGGAGUAGAGUAGAUGGAGGGAACAGGGGAGGGAGAAGGAGGGAAUCAGGAAGCCCCAGAGAAUGAAAAGGAAAAGAUUAAAUUUCAUGCAGGCAUCAAAACAAACUCAAAUAUUAUGUAUAUAUAUGAUACACUAAUGCAAGCAUAAAAAUACAAGUUUUGUUCAAUAGUAUCACGUAAAGUCUAUUUCCUAGAAGGAAGUAUUAUUAAAAAAAUAGUAGUGUCUGCUCAGCUUCACUUCCAAACACUGCACAUAUAUUAACUGAUUUAAUUUUCUUGACACUUUUGAAGUAAGCAUCAUUUUGCAGACAAGAAGAUUUUGAGGCCCAGAAGAACUGGUCAACUUGCCCCCCAUCACACAGCAAGAAACAGGGGAGCCAGCACUCAAACUCAGGGCAACUUUGCUUCUAACCAAUGCCCCCCGUAUAGUCUCCCAGGGGCUUGAGGGACAGGGGGCAAGAGUACUUCCUGUUUUAUGAUGAGUAAAGAAACUCCCUCAGCGGGGUUUCGCUUUCCUCCCCCUGAGAUCAGCACCUGUCCUGGCUGCAGCCCUUGAAGCUGAGAGGGUGGGGCUUGUGUGGCCACAACAGGGGUGUCCAUCUCUCAUCAGGGGGCCCCGUGACUUCCAGGCUGGGGUAAACUGUGAGCAACAGGAAGUAGCUUCAGUUGUGCCCCUGUGUAGCUGCCCGGCGACCGGGUAGCUGACCACAGAGGCAACCGCAUCAGGUGGCACGUCCUCACUGCCCAGGCAGCUGCCCACCCUGCCCAGGGCAGCAUUCUGUGAUGGGUCUGGAGCGGCCGGGAGGCCCACAGGGCAAAGGCUUGAUCCCCAGGGGUGCUGUGGAGAGCUGGUGGACGUUUCAGAGGGGAGGCCUAGUGGGGGGUCCUCAGGUCAUCAGCAGGGUGAUCUUGAAGGGGAAUGUGGGACCCUGGACCCUUCCUCUCUGCUCCUGUCCCCCUUUGGCUUCCUGGCCAGGAGGAAGCAGGGUUUUGUUCUGCCCUGUGCUCCUGGCCAUCGCCAUCUGGCUCCCCACCAAAGGCCUAAAGCAAUGGGUCCGCCCCAUGGGAGCCUGCAACCUCUGAACCAUGAUCCCAAAGGAAACUUUAUCUUCAUACACGGAAUGUCUCGGGCGUUUUGUUAGAGUGUGGCAAAGCUGACCCAUAAACGUACUUCCAGGACCAGCUGUCCAGGUCUGUCAGGAAUGCUGGAAAGUCCAGCCAUGGAGAGCCAUGGCCAUACCCUCUCAAGUUUCAGCAGGAAGAUUCAAGGAAGAAAAAGGAAAUUUGUUACAUUCUUAAAUACUCUUUGAGAUAACUGUUGAGUUUAAAAUAACCAGUAGAAGUAUUUUUUAUGUAAAGUACUUUAUAUAAAUAUAUGGAAUGAAUACACAACUCAGUCCUUGUCUUGAAUAUAUAGAAGAAACAUGACCCUAGUAGUUACUUUUUUGAAGCUUAUAACUGCUUAAUGCGGAACAGCUGUGUUAGUUAACUAAAGUAGCUGCCGAGUCCCUCCGAAUGAAUGUCAUAGCAAUGGCUAACUGAAGGUCACAAGCUCACUAGGACACUGGGGUCCUAGGAGACUGGGGUGCGAAGCAAGGGUCUGGGUAAAUUCAGACGCUGGUAAAAGCGCAGACAAGGCUCAGACCUGGGUCUAGGUCCCGCCAAGCCGGCUCUUUGCCUCGGACCUGCCCAGUGUGGAUGGGUGUUGCGAGGCUACUCUCGGUACAAGUGAGUAUCAGGCCGCGCGCUGCUGAAGGCGCUCCUCGGUGCCUCCUAAUUUUCAGGCAGCGGAGAGACAAUGGAGAGCAGGAGAGAUUCCAAAACCUCGAGGAACUUUCUUGAAGGAAGAAAUCUCAACAGCAGAGCACAAUGGAGCAAGGAGGAGCGUGCAGACCCUGAACCACGAACCACAGAGCUACUUACCAGGUGCUGCUGGAGAUAGCAGUGAAUGACCCGGGUGCCCUGAAGCCAGGGAGUGCCCAGCGCAGGGGCGAAGAGCGCAGGGUGGCAGGGCCGGCUCUGCUGUGACCACCGCUGAAGCGCAGAACCCGUGGUGAGUCCCUGCCCAGCCCGUGGGUACUGCCAGGUCCCACACAGUGUCCCCGGCUGGCCAGCCUGCGCCCGGAGCCACAGAGAGCCAUAGACUACGCGUGGGCGCCGCCUCGAGGUGGUGAGACAGGAGGUGGCCCGGGAGGCUGCUUCAGAGUGCGGUGCCAGCGGCCACCGAGCCCUCCCCAGGCCACCUGGACGCCACCUCGAGGCACCCCUUUACAGCAGCCCCGGGAGGCCAACGGGCCACCGUUUGGUACUUUGGGGGUUUUGUUUGUUUUGCAAAAAUGAAUCCGGGCAGAGAGCCGAUUGCUAUAGCCCUCCAAUUAUUUUGAAAAUGAUUCAAGAAAAAAGAAAUUUAUCACAUUUUGAAAUACUCUCCGAGAUCAUGUGAGAGUCUUUGGUGUUUUUUGUUUUGAUUUUGUCGUUAAAGUGACAAAGAGCAGUGCCAUUCAGACAUUUCUUUUCCGGGUUGUAACACCUGUCGUGUCCUUGGCCCUGUCCACCCCUCUCAGAUGGCAAAGGCACCCAGGGAGGUGGAUCUCUGGGGGUGGCCGGGGCGUGCCUGGCUCCCUGGUGACUCUGUGGGAGGCCUGUUAAAGCUUCCCCUGCCACUCCCACCCGGGACCUUCAUCACAGGCUUUUAAACUGGACCCACUUGGCAGUUUAAAAUCAGAGCCUACUUCAUUUCCUCACUGUGGUUCACAGGGGAAAUGCCCAUCCAAAGAAAGCUGCAUGUUUGAGGAGCAAGGGGAAGGGACAGAAAGUUCCAGAGAAGUUUCCGUUCCCACAGCUGCAGUGGCUCUCUCAGAACAUGGCCGCUGGCCUUCACCUCCACAGGAAGACCACCCUUCCUUCCUGCAGCAGCUGCCGGCUGAGCAGCUCUCACGAACAGGGGGUCCUGGAUCUUGAAAGAUCACACCACAAGACCAGCGAGCCGCAGCUCAGCGACUCCUGUUCCGCGCGCGGUGAAGAGGGACAGGAGGCCAGGCGCCGGACGUCCUCCGAGCAGCCGGUGCCUGGAGCUGUGCCUGUGACCCCGUGCAAAGUCGCGCCCCAGGCCGGGCGCCUGCGGUCCCCUCCGCGGGCCAGCGUCUACCUGAUUAUAGGGUUGCAGAAUGAACUGAUCAGAUGUGGAAUCUUGAAGAACAUGAGUGACCAUGAAGAGUUUUGGAAGCUGGUUCAAGAGGAAGGUCACGGAACAGAAAUCAAAGAAAAGCUCCAAAAGAUAAAAUUUAAAAUGUUGAAUGCCAGGCCUCAGGAUGCUCCUGGGAGAAGGGAAGCCAGGCCACUGGUGGACGCUGAUCGCCAGGACAGGCUUUGCCAGUGGAGACAGACCAGGGCCUCUACUCUGGGACAGGAACCCUGUCUGCCUAGAACCCAGGAAGAAUGUCAGCAACGACCUCUGAAGGGCCUUCUUUCUCAAGUGACCGAAUGGAGGAAAAGGUGUCAACAGCGAGAAGAUGCAGGAAGACUGGGAAGACGAGCCCCUGGACAGGGCAAGAGCAAGAUCGCUUGUAAAACAGGUGAGAAGGAUUCCCGAAGUAAGAUCUAUCUUCGUCGCUUGUAUCAGAUGUAUUCAACCUCUCUUGCAAACAUGGAAUUCUCCAGAAGACUGAUGGAGAGAGACGGCCGCUUUGCAGAUGAGCACGCUGAGCGCAGAGCUGGAGGUCUGCUGGAUUUCAUGGUCCCGAAUGAAGACACCGGGCAGGAAGAAGUCCAGCCCAGGGAAAUGGGGACAGAGGACCCACCACCCAUCGGGCGUCAGCCUGGAGCAUGGCCUGCCCUUCGCUUCCUGAAGUGCCAGAGCCUAGUGAGUGCACAGAGGGCACCCCACCGGAAAACAGGAGGUCGCCAGGUGGCCCUGUGUGGCAUGCGUCACCUGGCAGAGCACGUGAAGGGUGAACCUGCUCCUCCUGGGAUGGCCACAGCACCCCUGGCCCUGGAGCACAUGGUUCUGACUCACCGCGUGGUGGAGGCCAAGACAGGAAGUCGGUACUGGAUUAACUACGUGGUUGAAGAAUAAAGCUGCCCUAUCAGAACUAGAGGCAAAGAAGGAAGGAGAAAGAAAUGUUGAAAUUCCCCAAGAAGUAAGGAAAAGACAGCUUUCUCUUUCUUUAAUCCGCAGUUCAAGUAGGUAAGCAGGUACUCAACACGCAGCUUCAAGCCUGUUCCUCACCGUGUGACGACUCCACGGGGAAGCCCAGGUGACCAAGAAUCCCUAGAAGCAGGCCCCGGUAGGAUCAGACUCACAGUGAAACCAGGUCCUAGAGACGGUCAGCACCGGUACACAAUCAGCCUGUGUUUUCUGUGCCUGACCAGAGUGUUAUGGCCGAACAAACCUCAAUAUGAAUUUUUAAACUGUGAGAGAAAAUAUUUGAAAAGGAGUGAAAUAGAGAUUGUGAAGUGGAAAAAUAUAACAAGUGAAAAGAAUAUUCAGUGAGUGAGUUGAACAGUAGCUUGGGUGUACCUGAAGAUGAACCCCUGAACUAGCCAGGUCAGAAGAACGACCUCAUGCAGCACUGGAGACAGAGAUGGAACCUGAGAGGGCCCGGGACCCAGAGGACGGAGGAAGAAGUCCAGCACGUCUAAUCAGCUCCACUAGCAAUCAUGGAGAGGAGGGGGAAGAAGCAGGAUUCGAAGAGAGAAGAAUUUCCUCUGAUUUAGGAAACUCAAGAAUCAUGAACAAAGUGAGUCAAAAGAAUACCACCCAAUAUGAAGUGGAGAUCGUUGAAGGAUCCCCAGAAAAACAAGGGGAGAAUACCCAGAAAUGCAGACAGCUCCUCAAUAGGAGUAACAGGCAAAUUCUCUCAGAGUGAUUUUAGCAGGAAGGAAGAGAGGGCUGGGGAUGUGGCUCCGCGGCAGAGCUCGUGCCUCGCAUGAGUGAGGCCCGGGUUCCUGCCCCAGCCCUGCAGAAGAAGAGGAAGAAGAAAAGAAAUUAUAAAUAAGUAAUAGAAAUCCUAAAAAGUCCUACAAAUGUUAAAUAAAACCAACGAAUUAAAAAGCUUUCCACCAAUAACAUAAGGAAACUCUAGGCCCAUGUGGUUUCAGGGCAGAAUUCUACAAACCCCAUUGUUCAUGCAUAACUCUCUCAGAACGCGGGAGCCAGCAUGUGAAGGCAGGUGACCUCAAUUCCUGACCAGAGCAGGCGUGUGUCACCAGGAGGAAACACAGCCACCUCAGGCAGGAACACACCUGCUUGACUCUGGAAGAAAAUGAGAACUGAUGGGGCCUAGUGGUGCCGCUCGAUUCAGUAAGUUCUGCUUAUAAUAAAGUAACAGGAAAUCAUGACUCGGAGGGAAAUCCUUCAAUCUGAAGGUACACACACACACACACACACACACACACACACACACACACACACUCACACACGUAAAAAUAUACUUCACAUCUUUCCCAUUUUUAUUCCAUAUAGUAUGGGAAGUCUGACUCAUAUCAUAGGAAAGAAAAAGAUUUAAAAGCUGUAAAGUUUAUAAAACAAGAUAUAAACUUGUCUUUUAAAUAGAAAAAUUCCAACAAAUCUACAGAUUGAUUAUUGUUUGAUUUGGAAGAUUGCUAGAAAAAGGUGAAGAUACAAAAAUUGACGAGAUUUCUAUAUACCAGCAAAAAUUCAACAGAGAAAUGUCAUUUACAAUGGUAUCAAAAAUAGCAAACAUCUAGGGAUGAUUUUAAUGAAAUCGUGCACUAUGAAAACCAUGUGCUAUUUUUGGAGAAUAUUUUUUAAACUAACUAAAUAAAUGGAUACACCUGUUUUGUGGA